ACCAUGACAGGAAACUUGGGUAUGAUUGUUCUCAUUCAGAUGGAUUCCCAUCUUCACACGCCCAUGUACUUUCUUCUCAGUCACCUGUCCUUUGUGGACGUCUGCUUUUCAUCCGUAGUGGGUCCCAAGAUGCUCACGGACUUCUUCGCUGACAGGAAGGCCAUCUGCUUCCUGGGCUGUGCUUUACAGCAAUGGUUCUUUGGGUUCUUCAUGGCCAUUGAGUGCCUUCUGCUGGCGUCCAUGGCCUAUGACCGCUAUGUGGCCAUCUGUAACCCAUUACUGUAUUCUGUAACCAUGUCGCAGAGACUUUGCAUACAGCUGGUGGUCAGACCCUAUACUGUUGGCUUCCUGAGCACCAUGACUCAUACAACAGCUGCUUUUCGGCUUCCCUUUUGUUGCUCCAACAUUAUUAAUCAUUUCUUCUGUGACAUGUCCCCCCUUCUUUCUCUGGUAUGUGCUGACACCCGGAUCAAUAAAUUGUUGGUUUUCAUUGUGGCUGGAGCCGUCCUGGUUGUCAGUAGCCUGACCAUUAUAAUCUCCUAUUUCUACAUCCUUACUGCCAUCCUGAGGAUCUGCUCUGCCGAUGGGAGGCACAAAGCCUUUUCCACCUGCUCCUCCCAUCUCACAGCGGUGUCCAUCUUAUACGGGACUCUCUUCUUUAUCUAUGUGUGGCCAGGUGCAAUUUUUUCCCUAGACGUCAACAAAGUGGUGUAG